AUGCUAGAGUUCGCCUCCAUCUCCACGAAGGGGGGGCUGGUGCUAUGGAGCUACAAACCAGUCAUGUCGUCACUCGGAAAUGCCACAGAUCUACUCAACUCCCUGGUAGGCGAUGUGCUGGUGGAGGGUAGAGCCGCGAGUAAGAAGGAAUACAGCUACAG